AUGGGUUUCAUCCGAGCCGCCUUCAUCACCUCUCUGGUGGGCGCCGUGGGCACCUCGAGCUUUGCCGCCUACCUGGCGGCCAAGAACCCGGUCAUCACACCUCUCUCCCCGACCGAUCCCAUCUGGAGCUCCAAGGUCUUCAAGCGCUACAACCCGAAUCGCAACCCUACCCAGCAGGACAUCUGCAUCAAGCGUAUCCCCCUGAGCAAGGUGCGCCCGGAGCUCCUCGAGAAGCCCGGGGCUCUUGCGACCGAGUACUGCCGAGGCGUCUGGACCAGCUUAGGCUUCGAGGUUCAGCGUCGUUACCUCGAGUACAAGUACAGCAGCCCCGAGACGGCCCACAACCUCUGGUCCAAGGAGCAGCUGUCGACCAGCAACUACGAGAAGGGCACGUGCAUAGCCGACCACUUCGAGGUGGUUGAGAGGACCAACGAUGCCAUCACCCUCCGGUGCGGCGACUCCCCCCGCAACUCCGGCCUCCGCGGCUUCGACGGCCUGUUCGUCGUCAGCGCCAAGGUCGACAAGGAGCAUGACGAGGUCGAGCUGGGCCUCAAGAGCGCCCUCUUCACCAGCGAGGGUAAGAUCGAGGGCAAGAAGCCCAACACCCCGCCCUUGAUCGAAGAGCUCCACCAGUGGUAUGCUAGGAUCUGGUCCGAGGGAGGUUCCAGGAGGCUGCUCAAGUAA